UUUGGGUGCUUUGCAUUUCCAUAUACAUUUUAGGAAUAGUUUUUCACUUUCUUCAGAUAGAUUCUACUGGGAAUUUGAUAGGGAUCACACUGAAUAUAUUGAUCAUCUCUUUAACGAAAAUACUCUCCUCAUUCCAGAUUUCAGUUCAGUUCUCUUCCUUCCUUGCUCAGCUCUCUGAUGAAUUUAAAAUGUAAUGUUGGCAAUUUGUUCCCUGUAUCCUUGUUGUUGUAGGAGGAAAUCUAUACUUUUUCAACUAACUGCGUUGUUCUCCUAAGUAGGAUUCCUCACAGGUUAACUCUGAAGUAUCAAAUACCACAGGGUCAAAUGAAUAAGUAACAAGCCUCCAUGCCUCCUCUGUAGCAGAGGGGCGAGAGGGAACGUGCUUUACACAGACAGGAUGCUCACUCCUCACAAAGACACUGGAUGAGGAUUUCAUGACCAUCUGCAUUUUACUGAUUGUACUGAGGCAGAGAGUGGUUUUAAAACAGAGUCCAAGAUCAGAGACAUAUGAAGCUGAGAAUUUGGGUUUUCCAUCCUGGCAAUCUGGAUCAUAGAUACUCUGCUAAAAAAAUCCUAAGUUCUAUAAAAACUGACACUGAAUAAAAUCCAAUGGCAGAGGUUGAUUUUAACAUCUAUUAACCUUAAAAAAUAAUAUAGCCAAAAAUGAAUUAAACAGAAAAAGACAAAUCCUGAUAUUCUUAUUGGAAAAAUCUAGAAUCAGUGAUGGAAAACACAUAUUCUUUUGAAGUCCCAAGGGAAUAUUUACAAAAUCCAUGACUACUUCAAUUACAUAUUAAUAUUUAAUAUUGAAUACAGUCAGAAACUUUAUCAAAGACCUAAGCAUGAGAGAUAUGUUUGAUAGCUAUGAAUAAUGGGUUGAAAAGCCUGCAUGGGAGAAAAGGGGAUUUAAACCUAAAUGACCUCCUAAGCCUGAUUUUAUACUUUUUGAAAUUAUAGGACAAUAAUUCCAUCCAUGAGAUGUAUGUGUGAAUUUGUAUGUGUUUAUAAACUUAUAAACAAUAAAUUUAUACAUAAGUUUUAGUUUUCAGCGACUACAUUUAGGGUGCAAUGGCUUUCCUGGUGUUCUUAAGAAAAUCUUGGAUGCUUUCGAUGAAAAAGGUUUGAAUUCCUUCUACAUUUAAUCUGACAUUAAAAAAGAUAAAUAAAAACAUAGAGUUAAUGAGCCUAAUUAUGAGCCGUCUCCCUCUAAAAUUUUAGACAUUUGCUGUAUGUUUUAUGUACUGGGUUUUUAAAGUUAGCUAACAACUAAUCCUGAUGAAUACAAAUUAUGGAGAGGUUAAACAAGGAAAAAAAUUGCAAAGCGAUAUGUUCUUCUUUGCAUGCUAGCAAAUGAGAAUUUAGCUUUUACAUCAACAUCAGUUAUGAAAUAAUCUAGCCCAUGGCAAGGGCACAUGGUGGAUAAAUAGGAGUUAAUUUGAGCUGUUGUAGGAGUAACAAUGUUUUCCAUGAAGACAGCAUUGAGCUCUUCCAUCAGCAUAGUUUGUUGCUUUCCUGCUUGACAGCAGUCACAGAAUUUAAAGAAACAAGAACUUUGCUGAGCUCAGAGCUCAGCUGAACAUAGGAGUUAAGGUCAGAAUUUUAAAGGAAUCACGGCUAGUGAUAUUAGACUUGGGUUUUCUUUCUUUCUAGACAUGAUAACUUUACUACCAAGCAUUUUUUCUGUCCUAAUAACGACAGAAUUUGUUCUGGGAAAUUUCGCCAAUGGCUUCAUAGCACUGGUGAACUGCAUUGACUGGGUCAAGAGACAAAAGAUGUCCUCAGCUGAUCAAAUUCUCACAGCUCUGGCGGUCUCCAGAAUUGGUUUGCUCUGGCCCCUGCUCUGGGUAAUCUUAAUAAAUUGGUAUAUGACUGUGCUUCCUUCAGUUUUUCAUAGUUUAGAAGUAAGAAUUAUUGUUUUUAUUGCCUGGACAGUAAGCAACCAUCUUAACAUCUGGCUUGCUACUAGCCUCAGCAUAUUUUUUUACUUGCUAAAGAUAGCUAAUUUCUCUAGCCUUAUAUUUCUUUACCUAAAGUGGAGAGUUAAAAGUGUACUUCUCGUAAUACUGUUGGGCGCUUCGGUCUUUUGGGUUUCUCAUCUUGCAGUGCUAUGGGUAAAUAAUAAUGUGCAGACUAAUGAAUUUGAAGGAAACAUCACUCAGAAGACCAAAUUGAGGGAUAUUGUAGCUCUUUCGAAUUUGACUCUAUUCACGCUAGUAAACUUCAUACACUUUUCUAUGUCUCUGACAUGUUUUCUGCUGUUAAUCAUUUCCCUGUGGAAACAUCUCAAGAAGAUUCAGCUUAAUGGCAAAGGAUCCCAUGAUCCCAGCACCAAGGUCCACAUAAGAGCCAUGCAAACUGUGGUCUCCUUUCUCUUGCUAUAUGCUGUUUACUUCUUGGCUCUAGUUAUCUUAGUUUGGAGUUCUAAUAGGCUGGAGAGUCAACUGCUUGUCAUGCUUUGCCGGGCUUUUGAAAUACUCUAUCCUUCAAGCCAUUCAUUUAUUCUGAUUUGGGGAAACAAGAAGCUAAGACAGGCCUUGCAAAAUAUACGAAAUAUUAUAAGAUUACCAUACUAUUAACCAUUUUGUUUGAGGUAAGCAAUCUAAUUUUACAAAAUAUUGUAAGAAAGUCUUCAUGAUUAGGAAGCAAUGUGUAUUUCACAUAGAUGUUCUAUGUUAUCCUCUUCCAAUGGAAGAAUUUCUGAUCUAUAUUUAUGCAUCUUUAAGAAUUGGCAGCUUAUCUCAGAAAAAUCAUUGCUAUUUUCUAUUGUAAUUAGGAUCAAGCUUAUGUAUCACAAUGUGGGUAGAUUUUAUUGUUUAACCUCCCAUCUUUUGGAUGGUAAUGAUAUUCACUUCUACAUAACACAUUGAGCAUGUAUCUUUGGCUAGAAAUUAUUCCACCACAAAUUGUUACAUCAUGGCUAAUAGAGAGCAAUCAGAACUGUUGUUAGGAAAAGAUGCACACAAUAAAAUUCAAGCGUGGUAAACAUAUUUAGAAUAAAUUUUAUAUAUGUGUGCAAUAAACAGUACUGAGGUAUAUUGCAUUUAAUACAAGUAGGUGAAAAACAGAAAAAAAUCAGGUUGCACAAUCGGGAUGAAGAAGAAAGAGAGUUAUUAUGACUUAUUUUCAAUGCUUCUAUGUUUUCAUACACAGGAAAGUUAUUUCUUAUGUGUUUUGAAUUAAGAAGGCUUUUUUCGAAGUAGAGUUCUGAUGUCAAAUUGUUCAGUUUUCUUCUAAACCACUUUUUGGCCUCUGAAUUACCAAUCACCUUCUCCAUCAUACUACCUAAAAAUUCUUUUUAAACUUCAGAUAAGAACACUCAAAUCUUCCCUAUCUUAAAAAUAUAUUCACAAUAAGAAUAAUAACAAAUUAUGGUGCAAAAUUCAAUGACCUGUCUGCAUCUAUUAAAAUGGUAUGUAUGAUGUCUGUGAAAUAAUUAGAGGGAAUAUCUUCAAGAUCUGUUCUUUUAUAAUAUUGUGGAAAAUGAUGCAAUAGAACGCAUUUUAACAUAUUUUUUAUAGCAAAUUGUAUUAUAAGAAAGAAAUGGAUAACCUUGUUUAAAAACUGAAUUUACAUGCAUAUAUGCAUUACUUCUCAGUAUUAUGAAAUUUUAACAUUAUCUAAAUCUUAAAAUAAAUCAUUUCCACAUCUGAUUUAUUCGUUUGUUUUUAGUCACCUGUCUGCCCCAGUAGAUUAUAAGGAAUAUAAUGCAAGGAUCUUGUCUAUCUUGUUUUCCGCUGACUCCCCAGGACAUAAAAGCCAGCGCAUGGAAUAGUUGGUCCAAGUGAUAUUCUAAUGAAUAAAUAAAUGGAGGACUAAACCAUAUUAGGAUUGGAAAACCAAUGAAAAUGAGACCCCUCACAAAAUCUAGAGGUUGCAUGAAUUUCCUGGUUCGGUUUCUUCACCAUUCAAAUGCCUCUAAACAAAUCCACACACUGUCAGUUCCAAUUUCUGCAUUAGACCAGUAGAGAAAAUGCUGUCACCAAUAGGCUUCAAAAUAUAGAGUGACUCAAACACAAAAUUCCCUUAAUACUGCUCUUUUAGCAGUACUGCUGUACUGGGGGGGCCUUGUCUAUACAGUUAUCCAGGGAAUCAGGCUGAUCUAAAGUAUGCCAUCUUUAACAUGUGGCUUCCAAGAUUGCUUGGAGUCAUCUCCAUUCCAGACAGCCAGGAGGAGAAAGGGAUAUAUAAGAAUGUGCAUACGGAGAGUUUUUGGUACCAGCCUGUAAAUUGUGCACAUAAUUUUCACUCACAUGACAUUGUUCAGAUUUCAGUCACGUUGCCACAACCUUGUGUAAGUGAGGUGGGAAAUAUAGUGUCUCUAUAGCCCAGGAAGAUGAGGAGAACAUGGAAUUUGGGACAUGGAAGAUGGAGGGCACUUUGUAAUAAUCCAAUUGAAGUAGCCAAUAAGUUACUAUAAAACAAAAGAAGUUUCUCCUUUUAGAAGCAUGGUGUAGCUUGUUUAUGUCACUUUAAUAAUUUGUAGAUGUCCCUACAUCAGUCUUCAGUAUCAGUUCUUUUGUCUAUUUCUUCAUAAAUUCUAAACAAUUUAAGUUCAUGCUAAAUGGUCCUAUCUUCAUAAAGCUGUAUUUGAUUUUCCACUGUAGUGUUGGUAGCUUCUUCAUGUAUAUUCCCAGUAUAUAUUACUUAUAACAUCUGAUUUAGUUCCUACAAUAUUAAGUACUAAUUAUUUAUAGUUAUUUGUUCUGUACUUGGAUGUGUUCUUUGAACUAGAAAUAAUUGCAUUAAAUUACUUUUAUAAAUAAUCUUGAAUCAACCAAAAUACAUGAUAAGUAGAAAGAUGUCAUUGAUGAGUAACAAAUAAUGGCCAAAUUAUUAAAAUUUAAUAUUAAUUUUAAUUAAUUAUGCAAUUGAUUUUAAAUUAAUUUUAUUCUAAAAAUUACUAUUCAAAAUCUAAAAUAUUUGCCUUUGAAUAUGGUCUACAAGAGAUAAAGUAUAAAUUUGUGGAGAAUAAUCUCUCUUAUAUUUGCAUGUUUACAUACCUGCCUUUAUCCUUCUAGUCUUUAGCACAAAUGGAAAUUUGCAGAUGUUGCCAAGGAUAAGUGGACAUCAUUAGCUGAAGCUAACUCUGGAAAUUAUGUUGUAGCUGUAAGUAAUAAGAAAGGUAUUCAUGAACCUUUGUGUCUCUUCACAGAACUGUUUGGUCUUUAUCACUGGAAUUACAUUAUAAAUAGACUGAACUAUUCUUUCAUGAAGAUCUCUGUAACUAUAUUACAUAGGAAAAUUUUGGCUGUACUGUCUGGAAUUACGAUGAGAACAUUUAUAAAAAGCAACAUAAGUGUAUGUCAUUAUGCAACUGUUUAACUAUAAUGCUGUCAGAGACUUACAACAUUAGAAAUAUUUUCAUAGAAAUGUCAGUUGGAAUUAAGGUCUCCUUUCUGGUCAUGGCAACAGGAGAACUCAUCUUACGAAUGCUGGGAAAUGGGUUCAUUGGACUGGUAAACUGCAUCGAAUGGGUCAAGAAUGGGAAAAUCUCAUCAGCUGAUUUCAUCCUUACCAGCUUGGUAUGGCCAGAAUCAUUCAACUGUGGAUAACACUAUUUGGUUCAUUUAAUGUAGGGCUAUUUCCACAUCUGAAUGCCACUAGUAAAUUAGCAAAAGCGAUUACUAUUCUUUGGGCACUAACUAAUCACUUGCUUGCCACCUGCCUAAGCAUUUUCUGCUUCCUUAAGAUUGCCGGUUUCUCCCACUUCUUGUUCAUCUGGCUGAAGUGGAGAGUGAACAGAGUGGGUCUUGUACUUUUCCUGAGGUCUUUCUUCUUAUCUCCUGCUAGUCUCUUAAUGCAGGAUGCUCUUAUUGAGUUGUGGAUGAAUACGUAUGGAGUACAUGAAAGAAACAUGACUUUGCAUUUACACGUAAAUAAAAUGUUCUAUCUUAAAAGCCUUCUUCUUAGUUGACCUAUGUUAUCCCCUUUCUUCUGUCCCUGACCUUUUUGCUCCUUUUAUUUCUGUCUUUGGUGAUACACACCAGGAAUUUGUAGCUCAACCUGAAGGGCAUGAGGGACUCCAGCACAAAGGCUCUUAAAGGGUCAUGAAGAUGGUGACAACCUUCUUCCUCCUCUUCAUCAUUUACUUUAUUUCCACUCUAAUAGCAAGUUAGAUCUUCCUUAAGGUACAAAGGUUUCAGGUUAUGAUGUUGUUGUGGUGUUUUCCACCAUCUUUCCCUCAGGCCACUCAUUUAUUAUAAUUUAGGAAACAGCAAGCUAAGAUAGAUCACUAGAGAUUACUGUAGCAUCUUAAAUUCUCUCUUGAGAAAAGCAAAACUUUUAGCUUCAUAGGCAGAAUUUAAAAGGACAUCCUAUAUUCUAUGGGAAAAUACCUUAAUAGAAGACCUUGUAUCUUCAUUUUCAAUUUCAAUAUUUCUUUCAUUGGGUUCUUUAAGGUGUUGUUAAACAGCACAGAAAUUUCCCUUAACAACUGCUGUUAACUAAUUGUAUUUUCUCCAAGUGAUUUUACUUCAAGUAGAUGAAAUAUCUCUGCUAUAAUAACACUUUCUGGUAGCAACAGAGUAUUUGAGACUAAGAUGAAAGACUAUAAAAAUAUACAAUGAACUAUUAAUAAAUAUUUAUGUAAUAUACAAUGCAAUAUGAAGAAAUGUAUAUGAAAUCAGUUAUAGAGAGGAAGAAGAGUAACAUAAUGUUUUAAAACUAAAGAUAAACUCGAAGUUAGAAUAGGAAAAGGAUUAUAAAAUAUUAAUUGUAAUAAUAUUUCACAUGAAUAUAAAAGUGUAAAAAUUAGGCUGAUAUUAUGAAUUUUGGAAACAGUAUGAAGCAAUGGGAAUUUUCAUAUACUAAUUCUAGGAUUAAAUAUUGGUACAGCUACUUUGGCCAACAGUAUGGCAUAUCUGAUUAAAGUGAAGAUGCAUAUCCUAACACCCAGUAAUUGUACUCCUACUUUUAUUCCUUAGAAAAUCUUUGGUACAUUUGCAACAGGAUUCAUAUAUAGGAAUGUGCAUAUUGCUGUUGUUCUUAAUAACUAGAAUUGAGGUGCCACACAAAUUUCUCUCACUGAUAAAUGGGCAUAACAGGGGCCAGCCCAGUAGUGUAGUGGUUAAAUUCAUGCACUCUGCUUCGGUGGCCCGGGGUUUGCAGGUUUGGAUCCCAGGCAUGGACUUGCA